AUGUCAGCUUCCUCGGGCCUCCUUAUUCUUCACUCUUUGCUCUUCAGCGGCAAGGUCCGGAUCUCGGGCAGCAUCCUCAGGGUGUUCGUGCAGCUGGCCAACGUGGCCGUCACCAAGAUGGACGUGAAUAACCUGGCCACGGUGAUGGCCCCCAACUGCCUGCGCUGCCAGUCGGACGACCCACAGAUCAUCUUCGAGAACACCCGGAGGAGAUGUCCUUCCUGCGGUUUCCUGGAUGACACCAAAGUGAAGAACUUCAUCACUUGCUUCAAAGACGUGACCUUCCUCACGUUCUUCUUCACGCGGCUGGAGCCGAACCGCAGCGGCCGCUACGAGCGCGAAUUCCCGUUCGUGUCCCGCUGCGGCGCGGAGCGCAACCUCCUGCGCUGCGAGCACAGACCCAUCGUCUUCACCCGCCUCCUGCCCCCGGACGCCUCCUCCUCAGCCUCCUCCUGCUCCCGCCGCGCCGUGCUGUCGUUCUGCGGCGGCGGGGAGCGGCUGGCCGUGCCGUUCCGGCCCGAGGCGCUGGUGAUGCUGCCGGAGAACGGGCGCUUGUACCACCCGGCGCCGGGCCGGGCGGGGGGCGCGGGGCCGGUGCGCUCGGCGCUGGCUCUGGAGUGGGGGUCCCGCUUGGAGUACGAGCAGGGGCCGGAGCAGCCCCCGACUCACUUUUGGUGGGAGGGGAAGAGGUAUCGGCUCACGGGGGAGCUGGUCUCUGGCAAUUGA